CCAGCGACGACGACCGGCAGUGAGCAUCGCAGACGACGUUACAAGACUGGCCUGGACGUGGCUCAGAGUGGAUUAAUGAGGCUCAGCCUGCUGCGUUGGUUCGGUCAUUCAAGUACUUGAGUAUCGACCAAGGGAACAAUACUUCCACAGGCUCCUCGCCCCAACCAACCAUACUUCCAUCGACAGUAACCGUCGUUCGAUGGACACGAAAGCCGUCCAUGAAGAUGGAUGGCAGGAAACGCACUACACUGACGUCGAUUGGACAUACCCGCCACUGCGCUGUCCCCACUCUUGCGGAGCAUCCGCCUCUCGUCUCAUGCGACUCUUGGCACAAAGAACCCAUAAAACUUGUGGGUCGAAGAAACCUUGUAUCUCCGUCGUUGAUCGACGGGUGUACCCCACCCUGAUACCGACAGCCUCAUACACGUCAUUGUCUUCAGCCACGUCUUCAUCCAUGUUCACUAGUCAUGGUCUCAGCAGCGUACCCACCACACCGCCAAGUUCACCUUCUAAGUGUACUCAAUCAAGCACACCAUCGCAACCUCAUGCUGUUCUUUCAUCCUACCACUCAAUCAAUACAAAGAGCAGGCGACUCGCAGGAGUUGAACUCCAGCAUCACUGUCAACUCUCGUGCGCCAAACCUCCUUUUUACCACGCUUCUCUUCUACGUUCCUCCUUACCGCGACGGAAGGGAAACUUUAGGAAAUCUUCCCGUCCAGCCGUAGACUUCUUUCGCGAGGAAGUAACCAAACCAGGCGGCUUUGCUCGCACGCUCAUUCCCAAAGAAGACGUCCUUGGAAGAGAUACACCUAGUAUGGCUGUCCAUGUUGCGGAAGCUGUGCUUUGCUCAUACGAGACACGCUCUGCAUUCUUUGGCUGGUACGGGCUGAGCCUUACAGGGGACUUGUAUGAUACCAAGCGAACGGACAAUCGUACCAGACAACGCUCGAGAUCUCAUAGGAACUCAUUGGACGUUUUGAUUGCUGAGGAGGAUGUGGAUGAAGGGAGGGAGAAGUGGUUACAAAUGACCAGGGAGCUUGUGGGACCCAUCACUCUUCGGUCUCGUUCUAGGCUGGAUACAGUCUCACAACCACCUGUUGCAAGGUCGAGUCAGCCAUCGUAUAACCAAGCAAGUCAAAGGUUGGUACAGAGUUCUGGACAAACACGUUUCAUGGCCUCAGGUCAGAUGAAGACAAAGGAUUUAGAAAAUGGAGCUCCAGCCAAAGAUUUUGCACCGAAUUGGUGGUAUAACCCCCCGUCUACCUCCGUGCAGUUGAACCCUGUGGUCCAACCUGUCACGUUUGGCUUGAAUAUACCCCAAGGUUCUCUGCCCAAGUUGGGGUUUUCCCAAGUCGUCGGGUCAGGAAGUGGAAAUGUGCACCCUUCCUCUGCUGCGGGUCGGUGCGCACCUCCGGGAAAGGAUGGGGCGUUGUCAAUGCCGGAACCUUCAGCCUCAUUGUCUCAUAAGCCAAGCACUCUACUCCAAGCUACAUCGGCUAUAUUCCCAUCUCGUCUCAACGCUUCUUUCCAACUUGCAGAUGUGACAUCUUCAAACGCUAUAAUGAUGAAAGAAGUUCAUCAAGACGGACGCUCGAAAAAAGACACAGCCAUAAUGCAAAUAGCAUCCUCUCGGAAGUCCGAUGCUGCCCCCGAAUCUGCGAGCCGCACUGCGGCCUCGUCCGUUUCGGGCACCCUGAAACCAACUACGUCUGAUGGUAAUACCGUUCAGAGACGACCUCAAAGUGCUGGAGGUGGGAUCGAGCGAGAACGAUCGAGUCUACCAAGCGGUGUAGGACUAAGGAAGGACGCACAAGGGUUCUGGGAGCCGGUUACACCGCCUUGCUCGCCCCGUGUUAUUCGAGAACAGGAAGCUAGGUCUGCAAGGUCACGAUCUACAGAUGGGUCUCCGUCUUCAUGUGGUGAUUCCCCCGAUUCGAACAUGAGGUCGACACCCGCGUCGACUGCAGUAUCGAGUGCAACAUCACCCCCGCCUGAUUCUCCCGGCUCUUACUGCUUACCCGAAUCGCAGAGCUUAUACGAAUACCUCGAUCUCCCAAACCCGACCUCGUUGCUUCCUGCGUUUUUGGGCUCGGCUGGAAAACGGAAGAGGUCCUCUCGAACAAGAGAAAUCGUGGACAGAUUGAAGCUCAAUAAUGUAGGCGCGGACGAUGAUGCCAGUGACAAUGGGACUGUACCUGAUACAGGAGGUGGUACAAGCCAGUGGUCGUCGCGCGACGGUCUCGAGGAUGCCUUGUCUGUGAAAUCGGCUCGCGCAUCGUCAGGAACAGCAGUACACAGCACUUCGCCUGGUUCUUUGGCCGCUGCGGCUUCGUCGGUGGCAUCGUCCAAAUCAACGUCGUCGGAAGUGACGGGAUCGAAAGUAAGCCGAGAUAAGGGCAAGCCGGCUUCCAACUCGCGGUCGGUGUCCGCUGGUCCAGUGUCUGUGAAUGGGCGGGUUGUGGCACCCGGAGUUGGUAUACACGGACGGUCUCUUAGCGGCGCACAAAACCACCCCCCUGUGUAUAACGUGCCCCCGGGGCCCUCUGGCCUACCUGCAGGAACUGUUUUCACGGUCCCACCCGCGCAGCUGGCACCUCCAUUACAUGCUCCUUUUCCUCCUGGCAUACAUCCUCAGCCCCAACCGCGAUCUGCACCAAUAGCUGGGGUUCCUGCACAGCAGCCAGGCUUUUAUGUUCCUGUGUAUCCCGUGUACGCCUACCCUGUUGCACCUCCUGUCGCUCAGCCCUUAGCACAAGGUCCGUGGAUGCUAGGGUACCGCCCUCCACAAGGAACGGUACAUGUCCCAACUCAAGCGACAAUAACUGGUGUAUCCGGUAUGAGGCAUAUAAAUUGGUAAGCUGGUGUGGUACCGACGGUGGUUAAGAUGCCCUCGGGUUAGAUCUCAAUCUCCCAUUUGCACCCAUUAUUCCAUAUGAACUCUUCCUUUUAACAGUAAGGGAGAUUCCUCCCUGUCUUUCUGUAUAUGGCUCUUGCAUGAUGACUCUUUUCCCCUCUCAUUCUCAUUACUUUUGUCGGCUGUGCUAUGUUUC